CUUCACUCAGAAAUGUGCUUCACUGUGGCUGGCAGGGGCGAGCCGCUGUGGUAGAACCGUAGAACCACUUUGAUCCGGUUCCACUCUGAUUGCGUCCACUGGUGAUUGGAAUCUGUGUACCUAAGUGCUACCUAUUACCUUGAGUGGCGUGAGUGAGGUGUGGUUUGUAAGGUGCAGAGAACACGAGGAGCCCAGCGUCAUGACAGAAAUCUUGGAAGCGGAUGUGGUGGUGGUGGGCGCAGGUGUACAUGGCAGCAGCGCCGCCCUUCACCUAGCCAGAGCAGGACGAAUCACCAUCCUCCUCGACCAGUUCCCGCUGCCACAUUCACGAGGAAGCAGCCACGGCCAGAGUCGUAUCAUCCGCCAGGCUAACUACGGCAUCCCCGCCCUCACCACCAUCAUGACUGACGCCGUCACCCACUGGCGCCGCAUCCAGGACCAGGCCGGAGAAACCCUCAUCAGGCCAUCGUCCAUGUUGUUGCUAGCAGAGGGACACCAGCGGGCCCUGAUGGAGCGUGUUGCCAACUCAGUGAAACAAGGCGGCCACCAACCUCUCUGGCUUACACCUCAACAUGUCAACCAUAAAUACGGGGUGAAGACGUCGCCUGAUAGUUUGGCUCUUCUUGACCCCAGCGCUGGAGUCCUCAUGGCGGAUAAGUGUGUGGCGGCUCUACAGCGACUGUUCCGAGAGGCAGGUGGGAGGAUCGUAGACACCUGGCCGGUAGAUGACGUCCAGGUAGCGGCCGACGAGACAGUACGAGUCACCGGGCGUCGAGGUGUUGUGAAGGCGGAGGCUGCUGUAUUGUGUCCAGGGCCUUGGGCGGGGCCUCUCCUAGCCAAGUUGGGUGUUCAUAUACCUCUCAGGGUAGAGAAGAUAUCCGUGUUCUACUGGCGUAUAAAAGACCCAGCCAACAACACCACUACUACUACCAUCUUCGUCGACCUCAAACCCAGUGGUCACUUCUAUGGUUUACCCGAACUGGAGUACCCGGGUCUUAUGAAGCUGGUACUACACACAGGCCCAGAGGUACAGCCUGACCAACGGGACCAGGUGAACUCUGAGAAGGUGAAGGAGGCGGUGAAGAAGUAUGUGAAGGAAAAGUUCCCCUUCCUGCACCCUGAACCGGCCCUGGAGGAGAGCUGUAUGUACACGUGGACGCCGGAUGAGGAGUUCGUGGUGGACCGUCAUCCCAAGCAUAAAAAUAUCGUCUUUUGCUGUGGCUUCUCGGGCACAGGCUUCAAGAUCGCCCCUACAAUAGGUGAGAACCUGUGUCGCCUGGUCCUUGGACACCCGACCCUCCACGACCUCUCAGCCUUCUCCGCUUCCAGAUUCUCCCCGAGGAGUAAGAUGUAGAGGCUCGGUGAGGAGGGGGUCCAUUACAUCUGCUCCUGAUACUCACCUCAUUACAUCACCUCUCAGUUGUCUCCCUAAGAGUAAGAUGAACCACAAAGGAUACGAGAAGUAGUAGGUACAGUAUUAUGUCUUCGUUACCUCUAUGUUCCUUAACCUCAGGACUUGAGAGAAUUCCAAACAAGACUUCCAGUAGUUUAUCUUGUGAAGAAAUAUAUAAGUGAUUCUAA